AUGGUUGACUAAGUAGAAGAUUUAGAAUUAAUCAAAAAGGAGAAAGAUUCUUAAUUAAAGAUACUUGAAUCCCUUGAUUUUAGUUGUUACAACUCUAAUAAAGAUGAUUUAGAAGAGCAAUUUGGUGGAUAGGUGAAAAAAAAGUUCAAAAAUUAAUUUGGAGAUGCCAAAAAUGUUCAUUAGAAAGAUAGAAAAUUUAAUAAAGUUUAGAAAACUGAAUAGAAAAAUGAAUAAUAAACAGAUGAAUAAUAGAAAGAUAAUCAGGAAAAUGGGGAAGAAGUAAAAUAAUAGAAAUAAAUUAGAAAUGUAAAAUAAAAAGCUCCAUAGGAAGUUUCUAGUAAUUGGAAAAAGUUUAUGAGUAGUCAACCUACUCAAAGCAAUGACAAUGAAGACAAUAGCUCUAAAAAAUAAAUAACCAAUAAAAAAAGUUAGUCAAGUGAAAGCUCGGGUAAUUAAUAAAAUGUAUUUAAGUCCUUAGAACCUUAAAAAGAUGGAUAUAAAGGAGUAACUCCCAUAGUUGCAAUAGAUUGUGAAAUGGUUCAGUGCGAAGCUAGCCAAAAAGACGGCUUUCCUACUUAAGAACUGGCUAGAGUAUCUAUAGUAAAUUAUAAUGGACAUGUUCUUUUAGAUACCUAUGUAAGACCUCAAAAGAAAAUUAAAAAUUAUUUGACUAAAGUUAGUGGUAUCACAUUUACUCACAUAAAAAAUGCUCCUACUUAUCCAGAGGUUAAAAACAAAAUAUUUGAGAUACUUAAAGACAAAAUUAUAGUAGGUCAUUCAGUAUAGCAUGAUUUGAGUUCCAUCAAAUUUGAGCCUCCCAAAGAUAAAAUGAUCAGAGAUAUCUCAAAUUAUAAAGAACUUAAGUAAUCAGGAAAAAAGGUUUCUCUUAAAAAGAUGGUUAAAUAAGAAUUAGGAAUUACCUUCCAAGAAGGCUCUCACGACUCUAUUUCUGAUGCAAGAGCAGCUUUGUUGAUAUAUAAAAAAUAUUAAAAGCAAAUAGACUAAGAACAAGGCAAGAAAUGA